GUUGGCGGUCUGCGGGAGCCGAAGCCGCUUCCAGGUGAGCUCAAGAUUCAUUUGGGAAAUAAGUCCCGAAGAUGGAGGAGACUCCUGCGAGACCCGCAAGUCCCAUCGGGCUGACCUACAUAGUGGCCGCUUCACAGAUCUUGGGCCUUGCUGUCAUCACGGUGAUGGCAGCCUGGAUUGGACAGUACCGAGGUGGCGUUGCCUGGGACAGCUCUCAACUACUAUUUAACGUCCACCCCCUGUGCAUGGUCAUUGGGAUGGUGUUCCUUCAAGGUGAUGCUCUUCUGGUUUACCGUGUCUUCAGGAAUGAGAGCAAGAAAUCCACGAAGAUCCUGCAUGGGCUCAUCCAUUUCUUUGCACUUAUCAUUGCGUUGGUUGGUCUGAUUGCUGUUUUCCAGCACCACAGGAAUCAAGGCUUUCCAGAUAUGUACAGCCUCCACAGCUGGUGUGGCAUCAUUGCAUUUGGCUUCUACUUUGCACAGUGGCUCUUUGGAUUUUACAUCUUCCUCUUCCCUGGAGCAUCGUUCUCAGUCCGCAGUAGAUACAAACCACAGCAUGUCUUUUUUGGAGCCUUCCUCCUCAUCCUUUCCAUCGCUACUGCUCUGUUGGGUAUUCUGGAACAGCUACUCUUCAAAAUAAAGGAUACCUACAACCUCUUUGUCUCAGAAGGAAUCCUUGCCAACACCUUGGGCCUCCUAAUAAUAGCUUUUGGGGCAGUUGUGGGUUACAUCUUAACCCGGGAAGAAUGGCGGAGACCGCCACUGGCUGAGGAGCUGGCAUUGUCCAUGGAUUUCAAAAACCUCACUGAAGAAGGAAGCCCAACAAGUACGCACUGAGGCUUGCUGUGCCAUCUGCAUUGAGGAGCUCUGUUUCUAUGUGGUAUCUGACUUGUCCUGUAGCAUCAUGCAAUUGCCACUGUUACACAUAUGUAAGCAGUCCUUUUGUUUCAUGACUCCCAUCGCACAUGUUUUAUAUUUUCACACUGUUUUUUUCAAUUGCUAUUAUAAAUGUAGCACAGUGAGAAGGAUCUGUAGCCCCUGAGCUGUGUCAGUCAUUUGUGCAAGUGGAGAUUAUUUGUCAUGUUCCCUGUUGAAUAAAAGCAUGAUAAGAUUUCAGGUUAUUAUUAUGCCAUAGGAUUAAAUCCAGAGUGGGCAAUUUUUGGAGGAGGAGACUGCACUUUUGGGGUAUCAAAGCCACAGUAAAAAAAGGAGGUGGGACUGGGAUUUUGGUGACUUCAUUUUAUGUACCUUUGUUUGUAUGUAUAUUUAAUUUGGGGGACUAUGAUAAACCUAUCAAUCGUCUUACACACAUUUUGUUUUGCUUCCUGCUGAUAAUCAGCAGAAAUCAAAUAUCUUUAUUAUGUUCUUUGACCAGAAUUUAUAAUAGCACAAAAUAGCACCUCUCUUUCGUUUGGCAAUUUGCUGCUAAAUUUCAGUAGUAAUUUUGAGGGCCUCUGAAAAGUGUGCAAGAAAUGGAUUCCAUAGAUAAUUAUGGACCAGGAGCCACACACUCAUGUGUUAGUUGCUUUUGCAGUAUUGUUGGCAACCUCAAAUGGAUCAGAUGUUAGGAGGAUAGCAGCUUCUGAAACUGUAACACUGACAGAUCAAUAGCAAAUACAAUUUCAAAUGAAAAUUGAUCAUUCAGUGUCAUAAGUAUACAUAUAGUUUUUCCAUCUGUUUCCAUGAAGAAAUCAAACUCAGUAGGGGAUAGGAUAGAAAACAGAUGUGUCUCUUUUGCAGUUUAACAUUUAUUUUUCCUUUGACAGCAGAUAUUUGAUUGAAAUGCCUGUUCUUUCUGUCAUCAUUGCCUUGAGAACUAUCAGAUUUGACUGUGUUGACUUCUGCACUUACUGUUAAAUAAUCUCUCUGCAAUGUGUGUGGAUAAAAGCCUUUCUUUUGAUAUAUAUAAAAGGGUGGGAGAUUUGGGAUUCUUGCCAAUUCAGUUAAUGCCCCUAAAACUGAAUUUAUAGACAUAAGCUAACUUUUCCCAUAUUGGCUGAGAAUUUUGGGAAUGGCAUGCCCAAGGUAUCUAGAAGGUACCAGAGAGAAAAGCUGGUUUCAGUACAGCUGUCUUAUUUCUCUGUCAUUUUCUGAAUGAUGAAAUGUUUUGAAAAAUCAGAAGAAUUGUUAAAGAAACAAUUGCUUUCUGGGCAAUUAUGGAGAUAUUCAGUGCAUCCAUCGUAAUAAGAAAAAGAUAUUUACCUCAAAUAUUUUUCAUAAUGUAGCUAGUAGAAUGCUUAGCUAACAAAGAUGAAGGCACUUCUCAAAUGCCAAGUGUUACAUGGGAAUUAUGCAUUUCCUCAAGUACUCAUUGACCUUUCUUAACAAAGCAGACUCCAAAUAUUUAACAGAGUGAAAGGGGGGGAGUGAUCUACUUCUUUAAGCAACAACUUUUACUUAACAAUGUAUUGCCUCAAAACAACUUUCUCUUAUUCUGGAAUUGUUUUGCUUGUGUUUGACACGUAAGCUGGAUUCCAAUAAAUAUUUGCAGCA